CAGUAACCUGGCAGAGGCCACUGCCAACGAGAACUCUAAAGACUGGAAGGUGGAUCUGGGUCUGGAGAAGGGGGUAUCUGUUGGCAUAGAGAUGGGAGGGUCACAGUCAGAUAUAACCAGAUUUGCCAAGAAGAAGACCAGAGACAACCGCUACUCCUUCUUUUCGCAGAUUCUCCGCUGCCGCCACUACAGUUAUCGCGUGUCAGACAGCCCUGCUCUCAGCGCUGAGUUCCGGAAGGACAUCGAUCUUCUGCCCAAGAUCUACUUCUCAUACUCUGAGACCUCUAAGGCCCAGUACCGCCGGCUCAUAGACACCUAUGGGACUCACUACAUCCGCCARGUUGACCUGGGAGGCAGGCUGACGAUGACCACAGCAAUACGCACCUGUCAGGCUUCACACAGUGGCCUCUCUACAAACCAGGUCCUCAAUUAUUUUCAUAUUUAGAGUGUUUUGGAAAUGACGCCAUUUUAGCGCCUUU